UCUUCUCCCACCCCCGGUUCCCAGAGCUCCCAACCGCCCGCGCCCGCUGCUAGGCAGCGGCGGGGAUGGCGAGCCGCGGAGCUGGGGCGGUGACGAUAGCAGCGGUUCCGCCAUUGGACGAGGAGGCCUGAGGGACGGGCCAGCCUGGUGAACAAGGAGAUACCGAGGCGGGUGGCCCCGAGAGAGCGAGGGCAAUGGAGGCUAACAUGCCGAAGCGGAAGGAGCCCGGCAAGUCCCUGCGCAUCAAAGUCAUCUCCAUGGGCAACGCUGAGGUGGGAAAAAGCUGUAUCAUAAAACGUUACUGUGAGAAAAGAUUUGUGUCUAAAUAUCUUGCAACAAUUGGAAUUGACUAUGGAGUCACAAAGGUACAAGUCAGAGACCGAGAAAUCAAAGUGAACAUCUUUGAUAUGGCUGGCCAUCCCUUCUUCUAUGAGGUUCGUAAUGAGUUUUACAAGGAUACACAGGGUGUAAUACUGGUCUAUGAUGUUGGGCAGAAGGACUCCUUUGAUGCCCUUGAUGAUUGGCUGGCAGAGAUGAAACAAGACCUUGGACCUCAUGGAAACAUGGAAAAUAUUGUAUUUGCGGUGUGUGCCAACAAGAUUGACUGUACCAAGCACCGCUGUGUAGAUGAAAGCGAAGGGCGUCUCUGGGCCGAAAGCAAAGGGUUCUUGUACUUUGAAACUUCAGCACAAACCGGAGAAGGAAUCAAUGAAAUGUUCCAGACCUUUUACGUAUCCAUAGUUGAUUUAUGUGAAAAUGGCGGGAAACGUCCUAUCACGAAUAGCAGCGCUAGUUUCACCAAAGAACAAGCAGACACCAUUCGCAGAAUUCGAAACAGUAAGGACAGUUGGGACAUGUUGGGAGUCAAACCUGGGGCCUCAAGGGAUGAAGUCAACAAAGCCUAUCGGAAACUCGCUGUGCUGCUUCACCCUGACAAGUGCGUGGCGCCUGGUAGUGAAGAUGCCUUCAAAGCAGUUGUGAAUGCCCGGACAGCCCUCCUGAAAAACAUCAAAUAGGAAGUAAGAGACAAAGACAAGUGUGGGCCUCACGUACAAACUGACUCUCCCUAGACGGGAAAUAACCAACAUGGAUUUUUUUUCUCCACAAAAUCCUACUGCUUUUUUCACCCGUGUUGUCAUUUGUAAAUUAGAAAUCGAGGUGCCUGUUACCAUUUCGCAGACAUUUUUCAGAGUGGUGAAGAGAACCGAGCACCCCUUGUACACUGUAGUUCAUUUCAUAUUUCCAGGUAAUCUGAAUUUUUUCCCUUUCAUUUGUAAGCUCUGUAAUUGUAGCAUCCCAUAUGCACUUCACUCAGGAAAGUCCGUGAGGUUUCUGGAGGGAGGAAGGAGGACAGGACAACCCUUACACUUUUUCUUUUUUUUUUUUUU